ACGGGGACCGCUAGAGCGGAGAGGGGCUCGGCAGCAGUGGGGCCAGCACGGCUGGAAGCGGGGUUCGGUGCCGGAGCGGCUCCUCGGCUUUGGGAACGGAACUUUUAUAAACACAUCCAUGACAAUGCAAGCACAUAAACCUGACCUAGCAUCUGGAUUUUCAAACGUUAACCAUGUGCCAGGAUAUCAAGUCCCCUAUGGCUACCCUCAGCAUGCACCUGGGACUUACCAAGGUGUUGCAGGUGCAGGGAGCUAUGGCUUUCAGGUACAGGCCAUGAGAGUCCCAGCUGAACUUGCUGUUCCACCCAUACAGAACCAGCCCAUUGUGAAGGAGGGGACAAUCUGGAUGCCCGUCCCUCCUCCUCUUCCCAACUGCCCUCCUGGACUGCAAUACCUCACUCAGAUUGACCAGAUAUUAAUUCAUCAACAAAUUGAACUUCUUGAGAUUUUGACUGGCUUUGAAACAAACAACAAAUACGAAAUCAAGAAUACGCUGGGGCAAAGGGUGUACUUUGCAGCAGAGGACACUGACUGCUGUACCAGGAAUUGCUGUGGGCCAUCACGACCCUUCACCAUUCGGAUUAUAGACAACCUGGGCCAUGAGGUGAUAACACUGCAGAGACCCCUCCGGUGUUCUUCAUGCUGCUUUCCCUGCUGCUUGCAGGAGAUGGAAGUUCAGGCACCUCCAGGAACACCAGUUGGUUAUGUUGUCCAGAACUGGCAUGCCUGCCUGCCAAAGUUUACCAUUCAAGAUGAGAAAAGAAUGGAUAUAUUGAAAAUUUCUGGCCCAUGUGUUGCCUGCAGCUGUUGUGAUGAUGUUAAUUUUGAGGUGAAAUCUGUGGAUGAGACUGCUACUGUUGGAAGGAUUUCUAAGCAGUGGACUGGAUUUUUGAAAGAAGCCUUUACAGAUGCAGAUAACUUUGGAAUCACAUUCCCAAUGGACCUUGACGUAAAAAUGAAAGCUGUCAUGAUUGGUGCUUGCUUCCUUAUUGACUUCAUGUUUUUUGAGCAUGCUGGUGAUAACCAACAGCGAGCAGGAGUUUGGCAAUGAAGACUUUUAUAUAGAAGAAGAACAUAAAUCUCCCAACUUUCCAGUGGAUUUCAGAGCUCCAGUAAGAAUGUGAGAAAUGUGUGUCUUGUGCUACUGCAAGUUUAUAUUUCUAUAAACUGAAAGCUUUACAUUUUAUUGUGGGUUUUUCUUUGUAGUAAAUAGUAGUAAAUAAUUUGUAGUAUUCAUAUAAGAACACUUUGUAGAGAUCAAACCAGAAACUUACAGAAAUAUAUAGCAACCUUUACAAGAAAUUUGGAAUUGUAAAAUAACUACUUACAGUUACUUUAAUUCAUAAAAAAAGAGGACUUCUAUAUUAAUUAUUAAUAUAAGCAAUGAGCCUACUAAAGAGGUCCUGAUCUUUUUCUGUGUA